CCAGUCGUAUGCGAAUCUUCAGGCAAGGUAGCAGGAGCAGCAGCACGACAGACGACGAUGGACUCGAGGGAAAUUUGAUAGAAUUUGGCUUGCUGUGUUUUUCUUUUUUUUUACGAUUUCGAUCAAGAGCAAAUGAAACAAAACGCGAUAACCCAUGACACAAGUACAGGACCGGCAGCAGCAGCAGCUAGAACAUCAUGAGAUCAUCGUCGACGGCACUGGCGCUAAUGCUGUCCCUAUUGGUGAUGGCGGUGGUGGCCAGCAUGGAGCCAAGUCGGGACGCGAUUCCGGUGUCCCUGGACGACGAUGAGAACGAGCUUGGAGAAGGAAUGCACACGUACGAGUUGACGCAGUCGCAAAAUUUCCAACGGCAGGACGCGAUGCUCAAGGCUUGUGCCCAGAUGAGAGACACCAUGGAGUACAAGACGGUGGACGAGUUGAACACGUUUCAGAUGAGCCACCUGCUGGUGGACCGGAAGCACAAGUUCUUGUACUGUUACGUGCCAAAGGUCGCCUGCACCAACUGGAAGCGCAUCCUGAUGAUCAUGACGGACAAGUGGAACGGCACCGAUCCGCUCCAAAUCCCCGCCGACCUGGCCCACUCCAACGGCAUGUUCCCAUCGUUCAGCUCGCUCUCGCCCGACGAGCGCCAAUCCGUCCUGACCGACUACAACCGCUUCGUACUGGUACGACACCCGUUCGAGCGGCUCCUGUCCGCGUUUCGCAACAAGCUGGAGGGAAACUCCAAGAGUGCCAAGUACUUCCAGUCCCGGGUGGGAAAGAUCAUCAUCAAAGCGUUCCGACCGAACGCAUCGAACGCGUCGCUUGAGAACGGACAUGACGUUACGUUUUUGGAGUUUAUCCAGUACCUGUUGACGCCGGAGCUGAGCCGGAACUCGAACCUGUCGUUCAACGAGCACUGGGAACCGGCCUCGAAGCUGUGCCAUCCGUGUCUGCUGCAGUACAACAUUAUUGGGAAGUACGAAACGCUGGUGGAUGAUUCAGAGCUGGCGUUGCAUCUUGCUGGGAUGAAGGACGUGACGUUCCCGAUUGUGUACAAGACGUCCGGGACGAGCGAGCGGCUGCGCAAGUAUUUCAGCGACAUUCCACUGCCAAUCAUCAAGGGAUUGUACAAGCUGUACGAGGACGACUUCCGGCUGUUUGACUACAGCUUGGACGAGAUAGUGGGCUUUGAGCUGGGGUGAAAAAAUACGAAACGACAGCAUUCGAAAAUGCGGUGACUAAUUUUACGGGGGUAGCUUUUAGUGGUACCAGGUACCAGAUGGGGAAGUUUCUAAAUUUAAUUCGUAGACUAAAAAGACUACACUUUUAACAGGUUCUAGUAGGUAAGGAUAAGGUUUUUUCCCAAACGAACGACAUUUUUUUCCAAACUCGGAUACGCUUUCUAGACGGCUCACUAAAAUUACGCAUGUAACAUACCUGUACAAGUACUAACACAUUCGGAUUAUUAUACCAUUAUUGUUUUAGAUGUGAUUUUACUACACUGUUUUGUGUACUUAUCAAA